AUGGUCGCCCUGCGAACGCAGGCCGGAAUGGACCAGUUUGAGAUCAUGGAUUUUUAUCGGACCAUCGCGGACCUAAUGGAUAGUGGUCUCUGCAUUGCUGUUUUCCUCAGCGCCGUCUCAUCCACACCACUUUGGUACAUAAUCCAAGUGAUUACAUUGGGUAUCAUUGAGAAGGCCUUUGGUCGCUCUAGAACAACUGAAGCUGGUGCUCGAUGGGUUGCUGACUCUAUUGUUCUGAAUGCCUAUGCGACUACCACUGCGGAUAUCAAAUAUGCGCAGCCGUUGAAUGUCUAA